GCGGGCCAGGGGUUUCAGCAGCACGGCGGCGGAGGAGCGGAGCUGGACGGGAGGGACCGAGGUCCGAGGGUGCCAAACCUGAUCCACAGCAGCGCGACGGGCGAGCCGCCCCCGAUGUGUGGCUCUCCCGGCGCGCCCCGAUUUCCUCGCCCCCACCUCGGUCCUCGACGGGACAACGACCGGCAGCGCCGCUUCUCCGCCGCUCGCUCCGAGCCUUAAACCCUUUCCUCCUCGCCACUUCCACGACCUUCGGAACUCGACGAGGGAGCACUCACGCACGUCUCUCUCUCUCUCUCUCGCCCGCUUCCUCCAACAUGGCGGCGUCCACCACCUGCCCUGCUCGCUCCAUGGCGUCCGUCUCCCGAGCCCUCCGCCCGCGGUCGCACGCCGCUCUCGCCUCCGCCGCCGUCCGCGCGGGUGCUCACCUCGGGGGCGGAUUGGGGAUUGCCUGUUCGAUGCCAAGCUAUGGUAGGAAGGAGAAGGAAGAGUGGGGAUUGACCAUUGCGUCCGCACCAACCACUGCUGCUCCAGUUGCAAGAAGCUGUCAGAUUUUGUGCAAGGCUGAAGCUAACAUAUCUAGUAAUCUGCCAGAGAGCAUUCCUAGUGGAGAAAACCAGUAUGAGAAAAUAGUUGAGCUGCUUACCACUCUUUUCCCUGUCUGGGUCAUAUUAGGUACCAUUAUUGGCAUCUACAAGCCAUCGAUGGUUACCUGGUUGGAAACCGAUCUUUUCACUGUGGGCCUAGGAUUUCUAAUGCUAUCAAUGGGACUAACAUUGACCUUCGAAGAUUUUAGGAGAUGUAUGAGGAAUCCAUGGACAGUGGGUGUGGGAUUUCUCGCACAGUAUUUGAUCAAACCUAUGCUUGGAUUCGCGAUUGCCAUGAGCUUGAAGUUAUCUGCUCCUCUUGCAACUGGUCUUAUUUUAGUGUCAUGUUGCCCUGGUGGGCAAGCAUCAAAUGUUGCAACUUAUAUAUCCAAAGGAAAUGUCGCCCUUUCAGUUCUUAUGACCACUUGUUCGACUAUUGGUGCUAUAGUGAUGACACCACUCCUUACUAAACUCCUAGCUGGUCAACUGGUUCCUGUCGAUGCUGCAGGAUUGGCCAUCAGUACUUUUCAGGUUGUAUUACUGCCAACUAUUGUUGGAGUCUUGGCGCACGAGUAUUUUCCCAAGUUUACUGAGCGCAUUAUAACCAUAACACCAUUGAUUGGGGUCCUCCUCACCACCUUGCUUUGUGCUAGUCCUAUUGGACAAGUCUCAGAAGUGCUGAAAGCUCAAGGUGGCCAGCUUAUCAUUCCUGUAGCUCUGCUGCAUGUUGCUGCAUUUGCACUUGGGUAUUGGUUAUCGAAAGUUUGCUCUUUUGGGGAAUCAACUUCUAGGACCAUCUCUAUUGAAUGUGGGAUGCAGAGUUCUGCACUUGGAUUUUUACUUGCCCAAAAACACUUCACGAAUCCACUCGUAGCUGUUCCAUCUGCUGUCAGUGUUGUAUGCAUGGCGUUGGGAGGGAGUGCUCUUGCAGUUUUGUGGAGAAACAGAGGACUCCCAGCAAAUGACAAAGACGAUUUCAAGGAAUGAAACACCAACAACCUCCAGUUUCUAGUCAUUACCUAGUGUUAUUUUUAGUCCAAUGGAGUUGCAUCACAGCAUUUUUCAUGCUAUCCAUAUGUUAGGUAUGUGUAAGGAAAACAUAUUUUAGCAAGUGGAUUAUCAGUAGGACUUGCCCAUUUGGUAGCUGUAUUGCAUUCUCAUCUUUGAAUAAGCUGCAGCAGGUGCUUCCCUGCAAAGCAGUCAAUUUUUACAGUACUUUUACAAGUCCUACAUUUGUAACAUUAUGCGCGGGAGUAAAUAGAUUUCCAAGAACCGCUCUUCCAAUCUACCGAAAGGCCAAUAAGAUUUUGUACCUAUCUUGUUCUUGCUGAAUGCA